CAAACAGUGUUCAAAGAUUACAUUUCUGUUUUGCACUCUCUCUAGAACAAAGGAAAUAUGGGUGUUCCUCCUCUUCAAUCAUUUGCAUUUCCAGCAUUGCUUCUCUUCUCAUUUUUCAUCAUCCCUCAGCUUGCACUAGGAGGCAUUACCAGGCAUUACCAAUUUGAUAUAAAGUACCAAAAUGUAUAACGUCUAUGUCACACAAAGAGCAUGGUGACAGUGAAUGGUCAGUUUCCUGGGCCACGCAUUGUAGCUAGGGAGGGUGAUCGUCUUCUUAUCAAAGUGGUUAACCAUGUUCAGAACAAUAUCUCCAUUCAUUGGCAUGGCAUUCGACAGAUUCAAUCAGGGUGGGCUGAUGGGCCUGCCUAUGUGACUCAGUGCCCCAUUCAAACAGGCCAAAGUUAUGUCUACAAUUACACCAUUGUGGGCCAGAGAGGCACUCUCUUUUGGCAUGCCCAUAUAUCUUGGUUGAGAUCAACUCUCUAUGGUCCUAUCAUCAUUCUUCCCAAGCGUGGAAUUCCAUAUCCUUUUACCAAACCUUACAAGGAAGUUCCCAUCAUUUUUGGAGAAUGGUGGAAUACAGAUCCUGAGGCAGUCAUAGCACAAGCAUUACAAACGGGUGGAGGACCAAAUGUAUCUGAUGCCUACACUAUUAAUGGCCUUCCAGGGCCAUUGUAUAACUGUUCUGCUAAUGGUAUAUAUCAAGUGCUUAAAUAA